UACCAGGAUGAAAGGGGGGUGUGUGGGGGGGCCUUUUCCAAUAAUUGGCGACUAUUCUCUGGACCUCUCUAUGAGAAAAGUAGAGCUUUUAGGUUGCGUUUGUUUGGUUUCCUCCAAAGGACUUCUAUCUCCAACAUCUUUGUGCCUGGCACAUUUCUUGGCCCCAGCUGGGCUCUGACACAAAGUCAGUUGGCGAAUAUAGGAAAACCAAACAGAGGAACAGAAUCCCAACUGCCUCCAGGCUGCCCCAGCAAGCAUCAAUGCAGGCAACAAAAACAGAGACCGCACACGGUAGUCAAUUCUCCCAGUAACACGCCAGGCCCCUAGCGUUCCUUCCCUGCUCUCGUCAGACUCCUCCCGGGGAUCACCAGUGCGCCCAGGCCGUGAGCUGAGAGCCCUUCACACCCAGAGUGAGGCUUGCCACAGACCUGUAGACUAAUCUGGAGUGUGGGAGGGCUCCAAGGCCCCUGUGUGUUCCCUCCAGACCCACUCACUCCCCAGUGCCAGGGCAAGCCCACCCUCAGACCCCCGUCAACAGCCACCGAUGGUCUGAUGGCGGAAGCCGAGCACGAGGGCCUUCUCUUAGGUUAUUGGGUCGCCUGCAUUGGCACUGAUGUCCCUCUUCAUGGUGGGGGUACAGCUGCACCCGAGGCGCCCUGUGUCUUCUGACGGUGGCUUGAGAGGAGCGGAAGGUGGAGACAGAAAGGGAGAGCGGGCAGGGCAGCAAGAGGGGCGAGAGCAGACUGGAGAGGGGAAACCGGGGUUAAUAGAAGAUGGGGGUCGGGGGUCAUGAAGAGGGAGAAGCUGCAGCCGCAGGACAAGGGGCUGAAGGCCACGGCCGCUCAGAUCACCUGCCAUGCCCUCUCUCCACGGGGGGGACACAGAGAGCCCAAGUGUGGACUGGGUUUCUGCAAGGCCAGAAAGGUCUACGUUCUCCAGCGGGACCACAGGCUGCAGCCUGGAGUCCCGUGACGGUGGCUGUGCCCAGGGGUGGGGAACUCGGGGAGAAAAAUCUGGAAGCCAGAGAGUGGCAGAGAGGGAGGGGAAAUGCGAGGCCCGUGGGCCCACAGUGGGGAGGCGGGAGGGUUUCUCUGGCAGGGAAGUGGGCAGAGGGUGAGGGUUGCCUGUGCGGGCGGCAGGGGAAGUCAGAUGAAGGCGGGAGGGCCUGGAGGGCAGCGCCACCCGGGUCCUGCUGAGGCAUCCUUCUCCUGCCGCGCCGCAAUGCUGCUCCCGCUGCUCCUGACUUUCCAGGCACUUCUUCUCCACCAUGCAGCAGGCACCGGGGCAUCCCAGGCGCCCCGUCCCCCUGGUCCGGCCGCAGAGGAGCCGCUGUCCUUCCACGUACUCCAGGCCUCCUCGUUUGCCAACCACAGCUGGGCACACUCGCAGGGCUCGGGCUGGCUGGGCGACGUGCAGACGCACGGCUGGGACACGGCCUUGGACACCAUCCGCUUCCUGUGGCCCUGGUCGCGGGGGAACUUCAGCACCCAGGAGCUGAACAACCUCCAGAGCCUGUUCCGGCUCUACUUCCACGGCUUCACCAUUGAGGUUCAGGCCUUUGCACACGAGUUCCAGUUUGAAUACCCCUUCGAGCUCCAGGUGUUAGCUGGCUGUACGUGGCGCGCUGGGAAGCCCUCGGGAAGCUUCUUCAACGGGGCCUACCAAGGCUCAGACUUCCUGAGUUUCCAAGGAAACUCCUGGCAGCCAUCUCCAGGAGCGGGGAGUCGGGCUCAGAAGGUCUGUGCCGUGCUCAACCGCUACCGAGAUAUUAAGGAGAUCGUGCUGAGCCUUCUCAGCCACACCUGCCCCCGGUUUCUGGCGGGAAUCCUUGAAGCAGGGAAGUCCGAGCUGGGACGACAAGUGAAGCCUGAGGUCUGGCUGUCCACUGGCCCCAGACCCGGUCCUGGCCGUCUGCUCCUUGUGUGCCAUGUGUCCGGCUUCCACCCGAAGCCCGUGUGGGUCAUGUGGAUGCGGGGUGACCAGGAGCAACGGGGCACCCGGCGAGGCGACGUCCUGCCCCACGCUGACGGCACGUGGUAUCUUCGGGUGACCCUGGACGUGGCGGCCGGGCAGGCGGCCGGCCUGUCUUGCCGAGUCAAGCACAGCAGCCUAGGAGGCCAGGACAUGAUCAUCCACUGGGGUGGAGAAUGGGCCCCGUUGACACUGAUGUGUCUCGCCGUGCUGGUCACCCUGCUCCUGCUGCUGGUCCUGUGUUCCCGGCUUAAAAAGCUCAGCUCAAAUGGGAAAGCCGUGGCGCCCGGUGCACCCAGUCCUGACUCCGCCGCAGCGGCCAGCGCCCGGGGACCCGGAACUUCUGGACGCCAGCUCCACGUGCCCCGGGAAUCCUGGAUCAAGAACAGACUUCUCAAGAAACUGAAAGCAAGCCUAAACCCCCUCUGGCAACGUUAGCUUUCCCUCCCACAGAAAACCCGUUUCUGCUGCUUCUUACGCAUGGUUCAUACCUAUCAACAAAGCAUAAUUUUGAUUAAAAAAGGCUUAUAGUGGCGGGCAUCUUGACCCCUUCACAAAUCUUUAUUUUAUUUUAUGUUUUGCUUUUUCCCGUCUGCCAGCAAUAUCUUUUUCUGCAUUGGCCAUGUCUUCAUUGCUUUGGAUUCUUCGAACUCUAAUUGAGAAGCUUCUUUCUCAUGGAAGUUUCCCUAGAUUGCCCAAUUGAAAGAUCUUCCAAGAUUGGAAACAUGGACCCAAAUACGUUCAUCUCUUCCUGCUCUGAACAGUGAUUACUGAGGCUUUUGCUUUUCUGUUUUUUGUUUUUUGUUUUUCUCAGUUGCUUGAAAGCAGGAUACAGGUGUUUGUACUGGUACCUGUGACCAAAAUUCAAGGCCCGCUCCGUGGGCGUUGCAGUCUUGAAAUCCUUAGUAAAACUUGGAGAGACUGUAUUUUCAUUUUGUACUGGCCCCACAAAUCAUGUAGCUGGUUUAGAGCAAGAUGUUUGUCAGUAAAUGUUGAUUGAAAUGAAUCCAUUGUCAAGUUGAAUGAUGCUUUCUUAAUCUAUUCCCCUUUGACAUCACUGCAUCGCCUGGCCAUGUUCUUAUUAAAACUCCUUCUGUCUCCCUGUGUCUCGCACCAAAGCUGAGGGAGGCAGGCGAGGGCUCCAGACUUCACAGUGAUUGGGGUGUCUGCGCGUCUUCAGAGAUUUUUCAAGAAAAUAAUAACACAGGAGAUGUCUCCCGUCAGAAUGAGGGCGGGGCUGGCCUGCGGUUCCCAUUUCUCAGAGACUGUGUUGUGACUACGUGUGUCUUCGUGUUGUAUGUACCCAGGGAAGAAAUUCCUACUUUGAGUGGUCGGUCAGUAAGAGGACAUGGGGACCAAGGAUGGGCAGAGCCAAGGUAGAGAAGGAAGAGAGUGAUCAGACACUACGUGUUUAGUUUUCUUUAUUAGUUUGGUUUAUAAUUAUUGUCAUUGUUAUUUACAGUUUUCCCCUCACUUUUUAAAAUAUGGAUUUUAAAAUUAUCUGCUUACUUUGAGACCCCUGUGGCCGAGCCUGUUGGGAUGCGGGAAGCUGUUCAGGCACUGAGUUCACGCAGAUGUCCGGCUGACACCUUCCCAUAGGUAAUUGAGCAGAUUGUGCAGAUUUCUUAGUGGACACGUGUCUCUCUUUAUAUGGGGCAUUUUCAAGUUAAGAGACAGGGUUCUGUGACCCUGUGCCCAGGCUGUACUCUUACCCAUGAACAAGGUCUCAGGGUCAGGCCAUCACCUUCUGCAUCGCAUGCUCAGACGGCUUAUACACCAAGUGUCUGGGGAGGAAGGCAGAAUUUUACAGGGCUGUUUGGAGCACUCUGUGAUGAACUUCAAGUUUCCCUCACGUGGCAGAAGGCCAUAGGCAGUGGCCUCUAGUGAAACGAAGAGGCUCAUGUAAGGACUUGUCAGUUUCUAGCUCCAGUGCACGGUGCAAAUAAAUAUACAGUAAAACCUUGGAUUGCUAGUGACUUGUUCCACAAGGUGAGCAAACAUUUCUGAUAAAGUUUAACUUGAUAAAAGAGUGAUGUCUUGCAAUAUGAAUAGUACAGGAUGCCAAAACGUCACAUGAUUACAACUGAGCCAUUGGUUCUUGAAAUUCACUUUGAUAUACAAGCGCUUUGGAUUACAAGCAUGUUUCUGGAACAUAUUAUGCUCUCAAACCAAGGUCUUACUGUAUUUCCGAUAUUUCCUAUCUGGGAGGACUACUCCCCACUACUCUAAUUUUGUGGUCACAAUAAUUCUUCAACUCCUAUGAUGCCUCGAGCUAACUUGCCUGGCCUCUCACCCGAUCUUCACCCAACCGUGUGUUGUGCCUCCGUGACACAUUUCUUCUUUCUGUCCUUCCCUUGAGCCAAGCUUUAUCUCAGCCCAAGGCCGUUAUAAUUACUCUUUCCUCCACCCGGGACAUUCUUCACUCACCGUGAUCUCCUACGGAUGAUUUUGGGACAGCCGUUGGCUCUGAGCUCAAGCAUCGCCUUCAUGGAGAGGACUUCUGCGGUCAGUGUGGUCAAGGUGGCCACUCUAUCUCCAUCACAUUCUAGUUGAACAUUCUUUAUUUGUUUUGAAUACUGGAGUUGGCUGCAAUUCUCUCAUUUGCUUUUAGGUACUUAGUGUCCUUUCCAUCUAAAAUGUGAGCACUGUGACAUCAUGUGUAUUAUCUGUCUUGAUCACAUGUGUGUCACAAUGCCUAGAUUGUAGCUAGACAUAUAGUGGGAGACUAAAAUUAUUUUUGUUGAGUGGACAAAUGGUAUAAACUUUGGCUUUCCAGGAAACAUCUUAGAGAUGCCAGUUCCCUAUUUUGGCCAUAGGUUUUCAGGAACUGACAUGUUUCCAUUGUGCUGGUGUCACUGAAGGAUGCAGAUUGAUCAUUGAUAUUGUGCAAAUUGAUAUCGUGGUAAGAUAUAUUACAUAUUGUGGCAAUACGGCCACUGGCAGCUCUUUCUUUCAGGUUAUUGUCUUUAUAAGUGUGGCUAGACCCUAAAAUGCCGAUAGAAAGGAAGGAAGGAAGGAAGGAGGAGACAUCAGUAAAUCUGGUCAGAGUCCUUUAUACUGUAGGCAAAGACCCCCGUUAACCACAAAGGUUUGCUCUGGGUUUCUCUGCUGCUGAAUUGUAGUGAGGCUGAGGGAAUCUCUUAGGGAAGGAUGAUUGUGGAGCACAGCAAUUUUCAGGAAACUCUGGGUUCCUGAACAUGAUACCCUAACAUGUCCUCGCUCUACUUCUCAGAAGAUACUGUAGUUGAGCAGUGAGUGUAUAUUUGGGUGAGGCACAAGAUAUACCCCCAAAGAAGAUGGAUCUGGGCCACCUAUACACAUGCAUCCUCUUCCCCCAAAUUGGCAUAAGUAGGUUCAAAGAGGGCCCUGAGGGUAUAUGACCACGUGGCCAGAAAUGCCAGGAUUUAGGGAAGUUUUAAGGAUUGGUUCAGGAGGUUGUCAGAAAAUCUCUGUGUCAUCCCGCGGUGUAGACCUUUGGGCUGGGUAGUUUAAUAGACUUUGAGCUACAGGGUGAGGAUCUAGUUAGUAUCCAAGACCAAAGUGUGCCACUAAAUCACCCCAGACGAGAGUUGUCACCUAGUACUGUUAACCAUGUCAUUCUGGCUGAAACCCUGGAACAUAAGCUUAUUUCUAUAAAGGGCCAGGGUGGUGUUUUCAACAGUUCAGGAUAACACUUUCCGUCCCGUGAGCUAUGAAACCAGGAAGGAAAUCUGCUUUGCUGUUGGUACAAACCAGAGCUUACUGUAUUCUGUUAUGCACACAAAUGAAGGUGCCACUCUGGGUUGUUACUGACUUCUCCAGAAGUGGCAGCGAUUGUUGGAGCUUCAGGAGGACGGGAGGGAUCGGUACAUGCUGGGCCAGGCCUGGCGGAGUUCAGGAGUCAUACGCCCUUGGCCAACCAUGACUGAGAGGAUGCCCAUCUGCCAUCUUUCACCUAAUGCAUGGAGAAAGCUCAGCAUGUGCACCACUUGAUUAGGUGGAGUGAGGUAAAGUGGGACAGAGAUCCGGGCUCCAAGAAUAUCUCCUGCGGGGGAAGAAAGAGAUUUGUGCACAACCUGCUUUGGAGCUUGCGUUUGGGGGAGAGGCCAUGUUGAAGGCUUCUUCGGGUUACCCACAGGAGGGACCUAUAGAUUUUGGGGACUUGGCCUUUGCCCCUAAGGAAUUAAAAUUAGUGUAUGAUCUUUUCUUUGUUGACUCCUCCCCCUCUCUCACUUUCUUCUGUAAAUGGGCCCGUCAUUUGUCGGUUCCUAAGAUCUAAACUUUCUUCUCUUUGCCUCAUCAUUGUUCCUGAACAGUGAGGCAGCAAAACCUUCUUUAUGACUUCUCUUACAUGCCAUUCCCCUUUCCAUGACCUUGGUCCAAGUGUGAACAAAAUGUAAUGUAAGUUAACAAUCCCGUUGUUGAUAAUGUGAUAAUGACCACACACUGACCAUAAGCUCAAUUCUUACAGCGAAUAGGAGAAGUAGCUAUUUUAUGGUAUGGUUAAAACUGAUUGAAAAAUAAUAAACAUUUAAAUGCA